AGCUAAUUUUAAUUUCAGUUUAUGUGCUUUUGGAGAAUGAAUUUUGGAUGGGGCAGGAAGUGGAGGAGUGCAGCAAUGACCACUGCCUGUGCUCUGCUCCUACCACAUCAACCACAGCAGUAUCUCAUCCCUCUAUCGCAGGGAGGGAGGCCUCAGUCUAUCACACCUCUUUCUGUUUUAUUUUCUACCUUCCUUUAUAAUUUUUCUAAAGCUAAAACACGUUUUAAACCUCUUCCAUGACAUGCUGUCAAUGAUCACAGGUGGCUCUGUUCUGAGUAACAGCUUGGCAGGAAAAAAGAAGCAAUAAGAGCUAUGGAGAAGGCAGCACACGGCCCAUACCUAUCAAUGCACACUGAGCAGGCCAGGGCCCAUGGCAAUGUCCCCAUGGCUGCAAGCAAACUGAUGUGAAAACACAGAGGAAUGCAGGUCUCCAGCUCAGUCACAGCCAUGCUUGUGCUCAGCCGUGGGACUUAGGCCCCCCACCUGUGAACUGUCUUCCUGACCUUGGCCCUUUCUCAGGUUGAAAAACAUAAAAUGGCAGAAGAGGAGGAUGGUGAUGAAGAAGACAAGAAGAAACAACUGCAACUUCUAGGAGUUUGCUGUUUUGCUGGUGGAGAAGAUGCAGGCUCAGGAAAUCCUGCGGAGUCUGCGGCUCCCUGAGUUUGAUGACCUCAGCCAGUUCUUCCGCAACCUGCCGGCCACAGCACUGGUGGGCAUUGGUGCCUUUGCGGCUGUUGUUGCCUACUGGUUUGCCAGCCGGCCUAGGGCCGUGAAGCCACCCUGCGACCUGCGCAUGCAGUCGGAAGAAGUCGAGGGCCUGGCUGGGGCGCGCCGCUCAGUGAUUGGGGACAGCCCACACUUGCUGACGCACUACUAUGAUGAUGCCAGGACCAUGUACGAGGUCUUCAGGAGGGGAUUCAGCAUCUCCGAGAAUGGCCCCUGCCUCGGAUUCAGGAAGCCCAAGCAGCCCUACCAAUGGCUGUCCUACAAGGAGGUGGCUGAAAGAGCAGAAGCUCUGGGUUCAGGCCUUUUGCAGCAGGGCUGCAAGCCAUCCACAAAGCAGUUCAUUGGUGUCUUCGCUCAAAACCGUCCAGAGUGGAUCAUCUCUGAGCUGGCUUGCUACACCUAUUCCAUGGUGGUGGUUCCCCUGUAUGACACCUUAGGUCCUGGAGCCAUUCAGUACAUUGUCAACACAGCUGAUAUUUCCACAGUCAUUUGUGACAAGCCUGAAAAAGCCAGGAUACUCCUUGACCAUGUGGAGAGGAGAGAAACACCAGGCCUGAGAUAUAUCAUCCUAAUGGACCCAUUUGAGAAGGAGUUGACAGAGAGAGGGAAGUGCUGUGGGGUUUGCAUCCAGACCAUGCAGGAGGUGGAGAACUGUGGCCGUGAGAGCCGACAUAUGCCUGUGCCUCCUCGACCAGAAGAUCUUUCAAUUGUCUGUUUUACUAGUGGCACUACAGGAAAUCCCAAAGGUGCUAUGCUGACCCAUGGAAAUGUGGUGGCGGAUUUUUCAGGCUUUUUGAAAGUGACGGAGAAAGUGAUCUUUCCGAGACAGGACGAUGUGCUCAUCUCCUUCCUGCCUCUGGCUCACAUGUUUGAAAGAGUUAUACAGGUAAGAAACCUGCCUGAACUGAUGAGGCCUUGUGGGGCUCCUUGUGUUUUCUUCCAGAGUCAGUGGUCUCCUACUUGUGAGGAUGUACACAUUUCCUAUUUGCCUUUAGCACACAUGUUUGAGAGAAUGGUACAGUCUGUAGUAUACUGCCACGGAGGGCGAAUAGGCUUCUUCCAAGGAGAUAUUCGCCUCCUGUCUGAUGAUAUGAAGGCACUGCGGCCAACCAUCUUCCCUGUUGUGCCACGGCUGUUGAAUAGAAUGUAUGACAAGAUCUUCAGCCAGGCUGACACAACCCUCAAGCGCUGGAUCCUGGAAUUUGCGGCAGGACGGAAAAAGGCUGAAGUUCGAAACGGCAUCAUUAGAAAUGACAGUUUGUGGGAUAAACUUUUCUUUAAUAAAAUACAGGCAAGUCUUGGGGGGUGUGUCCGCAUGAUAGUGACAGGUGCUGCCCCUGCAUCUCCAACUGUCCUGGGCUUCCUCCGCGCGGCCCUUGGAUGCCAGGUUUAUGAAGGCUAUGGCCAAACAGAAUGCACAGCUGGAUGCACCUUUACAACUCCAGGUGACUGGACAUCAGGUCAUGUAGGAGCUCCUUUGCCCUGUAACUUAAUCAGAUUGAAGGAUGUGGAAGAACUGAAUUAUUUUGCUUCCAAAGGAGAAGGAGAGAUCUGUGUGAAAGGACCCAAUGUGUUUAAAGGUUACUUGAAAGAUGAAGAGAGGACAGCUGAAGCGCUGGACCAGGAGGGCUGGCUUCACACAGGAGACAUUGGAAAAUGGCUACCUAAUGGAACCCUUAAAAUCAUUGAUCGGAAAAAGCAUAUAUUUAAACUUGCUCAGGGAGAAUAUAUUGCACCAGAGAAGAUAGAGAAUAUCUACAUUCGCAGUGACCCUGUUGCUCAGAUCUAUGUCCAUGGAGACAGCCUGCAGGCCUUCCUGGUGGGAAUUGUGGUGCCGGAUUCUGAAGUUAUGCCAGGCUGGGCAAAGAAAAGAGGAUUUGAAGGAACAUAUGCAGAACUCUGUAAAAAUAAGGAACUGCAGCAAGCAAUAAUGGAAGACAUGGUACGGUUAGGGAAGGAGAGUGGGCUUCACUCCUUUGAGCAGGUCAAGGCCAUUUAUAUUCACUCUGACAUGUUCUCAGUGCAAAACGGUUUGUUGACACCAACAUUAAAGGCUAAGAGACCGGAACUCAGAGAUUACUUCAAAAAACAAAUAGAAGAGCUAUAUUCAAGCAUCUCCAUCUGAAAUCACUGGAAGAAUCUUCUGAGUAAUGGACUUUAUAGCAAUAUUAGAAUAAUACUCAAAAAGUAUAGAGCCAGAAUGACACUGCUGAAAUGGAUAAGCACCUGAAUCUUGCAUUUGAGCCUUUCAUUUUUCUAGGAUUUCAUCAUUAACCAU